UCAACAGGACUGGAUUUCAUCACUAUGGCUUCUAAGUUUAGCCUAUUUUUCUUUAAACAGCACUCAAAUUCUGCUUUGUCGAUGGCACCUAACAAUGCGUUUUUGUUUCCUGGAUCUCUCUCCGAUCAAUGGGCCGCCCAGCACAGCCUAGUAGCGUCCCAAAACAUCAUACAGAAUGAUUCCUCUCAUAUUUCUUUUGACACCCCUCAACUAAAUCUAUACACCACCUCCCCGCCGUCCCAUUCCGGUCCCCCGAUUCAGCCAAAUAGAAUCCUCCCCGUCAAUGGUGCCCGCGUCCAUCCAGGUCUCACUCAGUUAGGCCAACCUGUGUUUUCCAAUCCUGCUGCCGGAUAUAGCACACCUUACAUCGCAAUUCCUCAUCAACAACAGCAACAGCAGGCAGCUCAUCAUCAACUCAGCACUCAUUUCGCGUACGGUCUUUCUAGGAUGGCAAACGGUGUCUCCCCUGGAUCCAUCUCCAUUACUGCACCUCUUCAACAAAUAGACAGCACUAUAUAUCAAUCUGGACCGCAAAUGCACACAAGCUCUGGCUUCAUUGAUUGUGCGACAGAACAAGAUGCUGAGCUAGCAAAAAAAGCUAUUUUAAAAUUUGCAUUGGGAACCGGCCGAAAUAUUGUCCCUAAAAUGGCCUUCGAAAGCAAAAAAGACCCCCUCAACCUUUAUGUCAGGAAUCUUCCACAAAUUGAUUUUACCAAUGAAGAAUUAGAAGAGCUUUUCAAGGAGUUUGGCAACGUUACUUCUGUUAAAUUACAGGAUAAGAUGGGCAAACGAACGGGCGUAGGGUUCGUCCGGUUUGCUUCUUCAGAUCAUGCCGCUACGGCUAUAAGCGAAAUAAACAAGCGUGAAAUAAAACUUAAGGGUAACCUUUUGCCAGUCACAUGCAAGCAAGCGGAUUUGACUGAUCCUCGAAAGAAGGCUGCUGUGGCUGCUGUGGCUGUUGCUGCGGCAGGUGCCUCUGGUACUGCAUUUAUCGGCAAUGGUCAUAACAAUAUACACCAGCCUACUAAUUUAGCAAGUCAGACCACUCAACCUCAUAUGCACUCACAUCUCUCAGAAUCGCACUACUUUCUCAGGUUUCUGCUCUAG